AUGAAUCAAUCCCGCAACCUACUCAUCUAUUCUUUCAUUUCACGAGGAGAUGUUGUACUGGUGGAGUAUACUCCUUAUGGGGGGAACUUUAGGGUGGAGGCAAUGAAAGGGUUGAAGAAAGCGGUAGCAUCUACGAAAGGGAAAUACUCGUAUCCUUUCGAUGAGCUCACCUUCAACUAUUUAACUUUCCAAGGGAUUACCUAUAUGGUCAUGGCUGACUGCAUGUACGGCCGCAGACUACCUUUCGUUUAUCUCGAGAAGUUGAAAGACCUCUUUGUGGACAAAUACGGGGGUCGUAGCCUGGAUUCACUUCAAGCCAACGCACUCAAUCAGGAAUUCGGACCGUUGAUGAAAGAGCUCAUGGAGUUCAGCAUGCAUAAUAGCGACGAGAUGAAGCAGUUGGCCAAGCUCAAAGCCCAAGUACUGGAAGUUCAGAGUGCCUUGACCAACAACAUCGAGCAGGUGGAAGCUGCAUCAGCCAAGGUGGAAGACGAUCGUUUUCCCCAAAAGCCGGGCAGAUCAAGAUCCUUGCCAGGGGACGGCCUGACGUCAGGUGAAACCGUCACCAGCUCCCAUGGAGGUUGCUCGUCAGGGAAUCAAGACGGGGAGAAGCAGGAGGAGCGACCUUCAGGCUUGCCUGUAGCAGAGCGGUGUAAGUCCCUGCUAGCAGCGAACUGGCGCGCUCAGCUCACCACAGUGCGGGCAGGAGUUCAGUCCGAUUCAGAGGAGGACGAUGCCUCACCAGCUGCCAUGGCACGGGAGAAGCUGCAUGGGUCGUUGGUGCGCUACAUCAUGGUGGAUGGCUCUCCCAUCGUUGCUCUCCUCCCAGAUGACCCCCACCAUGUGAACCUUCUUAUGGACGACAGGGCUUCACUCACGGUGGGGGGUACUGACCCCCCUGCUCUCAUCCGCUCCCUCCUCACAUCCGGCCAGAUGCCACCCCGUGUUGCCCUUCUGGGCGAGCUUGUGGCCGUGGACUCAUCCGAGACCCCUUUCAUCCUCCGUCGCUUUACAGCAAAGGCGGAGGCAGCUGCAGCGGCUGUUGCUAGACUGGAGGCCGCUUUGCCCUCCCCUCCCUCCUCCCCUCUCCCCUGCCCGCCACCCCUCUUGCAAACUGUGGCGGAAGGUGGUGGGGGUGGGAAAGGAGAGGAGGGGGCUCUGACCUUUUUCCGCAUGGAAGCUAGGUCCUGUCAGCUGGUUGAUGUCAAAGGCAAGCGAACGUCACUGCCUGUGGCAGAUGUCAAACCAGCCGCCACGGACCCCCUAGCCACGUCUCUCGUCCCUCUGCUCCUCGCACUCAACUCCUCCGCCGCGUCGCGGACUGCCUUUGCUUCCUUCUGCAAGGCGUUUCUGCAAGUGCCUGCUCGCCCACAGACCACAUUUCUCUUCUCUGCUGACCGCCGAGGCUUCAACCUCCUCUCACAGUCGCUGCAGCCACCACAACAGCAGCAUGCAGAAGAAUCCAGCCCAUCAGAGAAGCCGCAGUGGCGAGAAUUUAGAUCCUCGCUCCACCACUCGUCGAUGCUCGUCCUCGCCGCUUUCGCGCUUUCCCUCCGCCUGCCGCUCGUGUCUGCCGCCACAUUUCAGGGUGACACGGAUGCGCUACACGAGUUUAAAGCCGCUGUCGAAAACCCGUCUGCGCUGAGCUGGCCCGACUCGGGCGGAGACCCGUGCAUCGACGGCUGGAGCCACGUCACGUGCACGCGCGACGCGAUCACGCAAGAGCACCGCAUCUCGUCGCUCCUAAUCGAUGGUCUUAACCUCGGAGGGGGCGGCUCCCCGUUCCCCACGCAGCUCGCGCGCCUAGCCUAUAUGCGCGCGCUGUUCAUCGGGAACAACGGGUUUGCGGGGGAGAUUCCGCGGGAACUGGGGGAGCUGGCGCGCAUGGAGCAGCUAGGGUUGGACCACAACGGAUUCACCAGCGCGCCGCAAGACCUGUUCGCAAAUAUGACGGCGCUCGAGGCGCUGUAUCUACAAAGUAAUCCGCUUGGGGGACAACCUCCGCCCGAUCUAUCCGCAAACACGAAUCUUAACAUCUUGCUCCUCACCAACUGCUCCUUCACGGGUGAAUUACCCUCGUAUCUCGCGUCGCUCGUCGCGCUCACGAACGUCUCGCUCGGUCUGAACGCGUUCGACGGCGGGAUUCCCGAGGGGAUGUUCGGAGCGCACAUGCCGUCGCUGCUCUCUCUCCGACUCAACAACAACCGGCUGACCGGCCCCAUUCCCGCGUCGCUCGCCUCCGCGCCGCUCCUGUCGGAACUCUGGCUACACGGUAACGACCUCUCGGGACCGAUUCCCGACGCGCUAGGCGGGCCGUUGUCUCUGCUGCAGUCCGUGAAAGUAUACGAGAACGGCCUUGUCGGUAUGUUACCCGAGUCGCUCGGCGAGGCGCGCCAGCUAUCAGAACUGCAGGUGCAGCGGAACAAACUUGUCGGCCCGAUUCCUGCGUUCAUGGAGCGGUUCGGGGAGGGGAGCUGGGGGGAGAACGGGUGGUGCGCCGCGGGUCCAGGCGACGCGUGUUCCGACGAGGCCAUGGCGCUGCUGGAGUUUUUAAUAGGCGUCGAAUAUGCUCCUGCCCUUAGCGACUCGUGGGUUGCUAACGACCCCUGCGCUUCGGGCUCUGCGGGGAACUCGUUGGGUGACCAGUCGUCUUCUGCCACGUGGCUUGGCGUUGGGUGUUCCGCGGACGGCCAAGUUACCAGUCUAACCAUUCCCUCGCAGAAUCUGAACGGAACCAUUUCCGUGUCGCUCGCGCGGCUGCCCGCGCUGGAAAUGCUUCAGCUGCCCGACAACAAUCUCGAGGGUUCGCUGCCCGCGGAGCUCGCGCAGCUGCCCGCGCUGCGAGCCGUCAACGUGGCGAACAAUCAGCUCACCGGACCGCUGCCGGAUUUCCCGCCGCAAGUGACGGUGGUAGCGACGGGGAACAAGCUGGAAGGCGGGGGUUCCGCUGGUGGUGACGCUUCCGCCGCCGCGCCUCCGCCCGCCCCCUCCCCCACAUCCGCCACGCCAUCCCUUCCCCCCCCCACCUCCGACACCUCCCGCACCGCCUCCUCCGCUCCUGGCGCGUCCGCGUCCUCCCCCCAAAACUCCCCGCCUCCCCCCGAUGCUUCCGCGCCCGCGCUGAGCACUCCGCUGAUUGCGGUGAUUGCGGUGGCGGCGGCGCUGCUGCUGCUGCUGGUGACGCUGUGCGCGGGGAUGCUGGGCAUGCGGUACUGGCGGGGGAAGGGGGGAAGCGGUGGGCGCAAGGGUGCCGCUGCUGUGACGUCGCAAGUCCUCCCUUCCGUCGCCCCUUCCCCCCACACCUCCGCCGCCUUCUCCGCCACCUCCGCCACCUCCUCCGCUCCCUACUCUUCCGCCACAGAAAACGCAGCAGGGGGAGGGUAUUCCGCCGCGUUGGGGGGAGCAGGCGGCGCAGCAAGCGGGAGUGGGGGAGGAGGAGGAAGCGGGUGGGGGAGCGUAUCAGGGCGGAACAUGGGAGGGGGCGGAGGGGAUGUGGUAUUGAAUCUGGGCGCGUGGGCGGGUAGCAGUGGCGGAAGGAGCGGGAGUGGCGGAUUGAGCAUGGGGAGCGGAAGCAUGGGUUCGGGCGGAAACAUGGGGAGCGCGGGCGCGGGCAUGAGCGGAAUGGUGAUGCGCAUGGACGUGAUCCGCGCGGCGACGGGGGGGUUUGCGGCGGAGAACAUCAUUGGCAAGGGGGGCUUCGGUACCGUGUAUAAGGGCGAGUUGGCGGACGGCACGGGGGUGGCGGUGAAGCGAAUGGAGGUGCAGCAGCUGGCCAAGAAGGGCGACUCGGAGUUCCAGGCGGAGAUCGAGGUUCUCUCGUCGGUGCGCCAUCGCCACCUGCUAGGGCUACUGGGCUAUGCCGUGGAGGGUAACGAGCGCGUGCUGGUGUAUCAGCUCAUGGCGCGCGGCCCGCUCAGCCGCCACCUCUUCGACCACCGCCGCCUCGCGCUGCCGCCGCUGACGUGGCGCGCGCGCGUGUCCGUGGCGCUGGACGUGGCGCGCGGUGUGGAGUAUCUACACUCGCUGGCGCACACGUCGUUUAUUCACAGGGAUCUGAAAGCGAGUAAUAUUCUGCUGGACGAGGGCAUGCGCGCGCGCGUGGCGGAUUUCGGGCUGGUGAAACACAGCAAGGGCGACGGAAUGCAGAGCAUCGAGACGCGCAUCGCGGGCACGUUUGGGUACCUGGCGCCGGAAUAUGCGGUGACCGGGCGGGUUACCACACGAUCCGAUGUGUACAGCUAUGGCGUGGUGCUCAUGGAGCUGAUCACGGGGCGGCGUGCACUAGAUGACUCCAAGGCGGACGAGGCCGCGCACCUUGCCACGUGGCUCGCUCCCCUCGUGCCACUCCGGGACCAGCUCGCUAAGGUCGUAGACCCGGUCCUCUUGCCUGAGAUGCCCGAGGCGCAUGGCUCGGCGCAUGGGUACGGCGGAGUGUUCCCAUCGGUGUGUGCGGUGGCAGACCUGGCAGUGACGUGUGUGGCGAGGGACCCUCGGCAGCGACCAACAAUGGGGGGCGUUGUGGGCGUGCUGGCGCCGCUGCUGCAGCAGCAGGAGCGGGAGGAAGAGGAGGCGCGGAAGGAGCACAGCAAUCAGGUGGCUGAGGAGGACGUGAGUGUUGCAGGCAUCGAUCUGGGAUUGGAGGACGUGCUUGUAGAGAAGGGUGCGUGUAAGAGGGGAGGAAGAGGGGACGAGGAGACCAAGGGUCUGCUGCUGUGCGCUGAAGACUCUCUGAGGGGUUCGGAUGGGUGUGAUGCAGAGGGCUUUGGAUCAGAAGCGGAAAGAGUGAGGAAGGGGGCAGGGGUGCAGACUCAGCAGGUGGCAGACAUUGGAGCUGGGAGGCAGAGGGGGAGAGAAGGCGGGGCAGCAGGCGGUAAGCUCAUGAGUGAAGUGGUUGUUGGGGCUGGUGUGAGGAGAGGGGGAGGGGGAGAGCAGGGAGGAGGGAACGUGAAAGGAGGAGUGGGAGGGGGCAUGUCGCUAGCGGAGCAGUAUGUGCGGCAGGGAUCAUGGGAGGGGGGGUCGUCGGAUGGGAGUGCGAGGAGUAUCCCCACGUUUAUCCAGCCACGCCUUGCACUGUCAGGCCGGUGA